CAUGCUAAGGGGUCACAGAGAAAGCGUCCAAGCUGCAAAUCCACCUCGCUCCCCCUCCACGACACUGCCGUCUGCUUGGCCAAUUGGUGGAAUCGGAGAGCACUAGUGGGCGUGAGCUUAAUAUGCGAGUGUGUUGGUGCUCCGAGAGCGCAUGCGAACUGAGGCCCAAAGUGGGGAAAGCCUUGCACACCGAUCUAAGCCAGCUGCUUUGAUUAAACCACUACACAGGAAGACUGCAAAACCAUCCAUCCCCCAACCAUCAGAACAACUCUACAAACAGCAGGCGAGCACAUGCAAACUUAAGCUCUGUGGACUUUUUUUAAUCAGCCAGAAGCUCACCAAGGAGACCUUCUGUUUGUGAUUCUCUCUUGUCAAAGGGUACCCGAGGCCCUGCGACCCCUGAGCUAAUGUGAAGCUCUGCGGAGGAGGGGAGGAGGAAAGUUAGUGGGAGGUGGGAGGCCUACAGUGGGGCAGCUUCCAGAAAGGAGACAGACAGCAGUCGCCAGGAAGCGAGGGGAAGAUGGCCACAGGAGAGAUCACUACGCUUCCUACCACGCCUGAAGACGGCGGCAGUGGCGGCUUUCCCCCCGGAACCUUCAAGGAGCCCAAGAGGUUGUACAGCAAAAACGGGGGCUUCUUCUUGAGGAUAAAGUCAGAUGGUGGAGUGGACGGAAUCCGGGAGAAGAGCGAUCCCCACAUAAUGCUUCAGCUGCAGGCGACCUCAGUAGGGGAGGUGGUCAUCAAAGGGGUUCGAGCCAAUCGCUACCUGGCCAUGAACAGAGACGGACGACUGUUUGGAGCGAGACGAGCAACUGAGGAAUGUUACUUCUUGGAGCGUCUCGAGAGCAACAACUACAACACCUAUCGCUCCAGGAAAUACCCCACCAUGUAUGUGGCGCUGAAGCGGACCGGCCAGUACAAGUCUGGAAGCAAAACCGGACCGGGUCAGAAGGCUAUACUCUUUCUGCCCAUGUCGUCAAAGGGCUAACCUGGGACGGGGUUGAAAGAACGUUGGUGCCUUAGGUGUGAUGGCAGUGAAGGAAGGUACUGUAAGUCCACACUGCCUGGCACAGCUGUGAUCUUUGGAGACUCAUUUAUUCCGACACACCUGCUCUUGUUAAGCUUGACGUUUUGAAGCAAUCACUACUUUUACUGUAGAAGAAAAGAACGAGGAAAACGUCAGCGCCAAAGUCCUCUUUUGUACAUUCGGCCCCUAACCCUAUAAAAAAGGGGCAUUGAUACAUUUCACACACCGUAAGGUUUUAUUAACUGUUAAACUACUUAGAAUACUUCAAAGUACGUGUAUUUUCCUGAGGUGUCUUGUAGUAUUUGUGUUGUGGACACACAAAUCAAAUCAACUUUAUUUAUAAAGUACAUUUAAAAUUUACCACAGGAGUAGCCAAAGUGCUGUACAAUGGGCAGCACAAAACAAUUCUAAGGCAACUAAAGUUCAGUCCAACGACAGAAAACCAAAAGAUGAAGAAAACUUUGCUGAGACGUUAGAUUUGAGGCUACAACUUUCUGCUCCCAACUCCUCAAAUACUUUUUUUUUAAAGUCUGUCGUUCAACUGAUAAAAUCAAGGUUGGUUGAUUUUAUCACCAAACUAUUAAAGGCCUACUGAAAGCCACUACUACCGACCACGCAGUCUGAUAGUUUAUAUAUCAAUGAUGAAAUCUUAACAUUGCAACACAUGCCAAUACGGCCGGGUUAACUUAUAAAGUGACAUUUUAAAAUUCCCUGGAAAUAUCCGGCUGAAACAUCGCGGUAUGAUGACGUAUGCGCGUGACGAAGUCCGAGUAACGGAAGUUAUGGUACCCCGUAGAAUCCUAUACAAAAAGCUCUGUUUUCAUUUCAUAAUUCCACAGUAUUCUGGACAUCUUUUGCAAUUUUUUUAAUGAACAAUGAAGGCUGCAAAGAAGACAGUUGUAGGUGGGAUCAGUGUAUUAGCAGCAGACUACAGCAACACAACCAGGAGGACUUUGUUGGAGCGCUAGCCGCGCUAGCCGCGCUAGCCGCCGACUUCACCUUGACUUCCUACGUCUCCGGGCCGCCAAACGCAUCGGGUGAAGUCCUUCGUCCUUCUGCCGAUCGCUGGAACGCAGGU